UUCGUAGCCGCGCUCGCCCCCCGCCCCGGCUCCCCCAACCCUCCCCAUGUGCGAUGGAAAAUCGGGGGCUUCUCGGCGCCCUCUGCUCCCUCGUCCUCCACGCCCCCCUCCUCUUCAUCGCCAACGCGACCUUCACGGAAGUCCCCAAAGAUGUGACGGUGAGGGAGGGAGAUGAUAUUGAGAUGCCCUGCGCUUUCCGGGCCAACGGAGCCACCUCUUACUCGCUGGAGAUCCAGUGGUGGUAUCUCAAAGAGCCGGCCAAGGAGCUCGCUCACGAAGUAGCCGUCAGCGGGCCCGGAAGCAGGAGCAAGGGAACAAAUAAGGAUGCGACCAAAAUCAGCACGGUGCGGGUCCAGGGCCACGACAUCUCGCACCGGCUGCGGCUGUCGGGCGUGCGGCGGCAGGACGAGGGCGUGUACGAGUGCCGGCUGGGGGGCUCCGGAGAUCCGCCGGCGCGGGAGCAGCGGGCCCGGGCCAGGCUGAGGGUCCUGGGGCCCCGGGAGCCGCCCCGCAUGCAGGCCGCCCAGCCCGUCUCCCACAUCCACAGCGGCGGGCCCCGGAGGCACGGGGGGCCCGCACCGGGCCCCGACCCCGCCGCCAGGACCAGGACGCCCCCGACCCCCGACGGGCCCCCCGACGGGCCCCCCGACGGGCCACCCGACGGGCCCCCCGGGACCCCCCGAGGACCCGCCGAGGGAGCAGCACCGGGAGCACCGGGAGGAGGAGGAGGAGGAGGAGCCCCCAGCACGGCCGCCACCGCCGCCUCGUCGGCCAUCCUCCGCCACAGACACCCAUCCGGUACAGGACCUAUUUAUGCUACAGACCCACUCCUAUAUCUGUUCCUGUUAACACUGCAUAAGCUUAUACACUUAUUAGUAAAUCACUGAUGGACCACUUUAUCUGAUACUCUUCAGCCAAACACAAAAGGAAUCAAUUAAAAAUCCUCGGAAAGAACUGCAGUUUCAAAGAUGGACAGAGAGAGACUGAAAAGAAGCAUGAAAAAUUCUACAUGGAAAAAAAAAUCAUAUUUUUGGGGAAGUUACACCGAGUAGAACACCUAAAAUAAUGCAUCUAGUUUCCAAAUAAGAUGAUGUUUAAAGCCCUGCUGUGUGCAUGGGGUCAAUGAUUUCUCUACUUCACUGUAAUUUUCUUUCCUAAACUUUCCCUCUGAUUCUUCAUUUUGCACGAACUGUUGAGCAGUUAUCUUUACAACAAUAUGUAAAAAUGUUGGGUCAAAGCCCCUCUAAAAAAGGGGGAUAUUUUUAGUAGAUUAUUGUGUUUUAGGGUUUGGAAUUUCCUUUUUUUGUUUUGUUUUUUGGGGGUUUUUUUGAUUCAGUAAAUUAUUUCCUUUUGAGACAUUUUGAUUAAAAAGGCACAUCUUACCAUAAUUAAUAUUCACUGUCAAUAAUAUUUAUUUUUAAAUAAAGAUUGGAAACAAGGUAAGACAUUUGUUUAUAAA